UGUUACUAUGGUAUAUUUCGUCGAUUCAGAAAAGGGAAGUGGCUAGCUGCUUCGGAAAGUUAUCGAAGCAGAAAGUGUUCUUUCUCUGAAGUUGGCUAGCUAAUAACAAACAGAAGAAAAAAAACAUGGGAACAACAGCAAGUCAAUUAAGGAAGGAUCUGCUCUCAGAAUAUCAGGAGCUGACGUUUCUUACAAAGCAAGAAAUUAUUCUUGCACACAAGAGAUUCAGUGAACUCCUCUCCAAAGAGGACAGAAACAUCCCCACCCCGCGAGUGCCCAUGGAGAAAGUCCUUUCACUGCCAGAACUCAAGUCCAACCCUUUCAGAAAAAGGAUCUGUCACGUAUUCUCAACAUCUGAUAUGAAAGAUGGAAGUCUCACCUUUGAGGACUUCCUUGAUCUCUUGAGUGCCUUCAGUGAUUCAGCUACACUGGAAAUCAAGUCCCACUACGCAUUCCGCAUUUUUGACUUUGAUGAUGAUGGCACUCUGGAUGGUGGGGACCUGGAGAAGCUGGUGAACUGUCUGACUGGUGAGACAGAUGACACAAGGCUUACCACUGAAGAGAUGAGGCAGCUCAUCAGCAAUAUUCUUGAAGAGUCUGAUAUAGACAAAGAUGGAACUGUGAAUCUGUCAGAGUUCCAACACGUCAUCUCAAGGUCACCAGAUUUUGUCAGUUCUUUUAAGAUUGUUCUGUGAAGUCGACAAAUAAGAUGCCAGGAUAUGGAUGCCUUGGAUUCUCUGUCCUAUUAAUACUCAGAAUACCUUUUUUUUCUCCAUUGUAAUAAUUAUAUAUUUUUUGAUUUUGCCUUAAAUUCUUUAUAGAUUAAUAUUUUCUAUUAUGUUUGAUAAUGUAUUUUUACAUAAUGUAUAUGCGAUAAGAGCCCUCUAACUGUUUUUUCAAUCUAAAUAUCUAGAAUAAAAGUAAUCAAGUCUUA